AAAUGUUUUUCAGAUUCAGACUGGCUACCCGUAGCAUUUGCUCAUUUUUAAUGGAUUAUGUACUUUUUAAUCGCUGCCGUUGUUAAUUUUCAAACUGCCGCUGUACUUAAAUAGCAAAGUACUACACGUCAGUGUUAGGUCUGACGGAAGUAUAAUUUUUCAGUUUUUUUUUUUAAGCUUCUGGUUUAGUUGAGUUAGAAGGCUUUAAUCUAGUUUGUAAUAUCGUUUGCUGACCAGUUAAUUCGACCAGAAGGGGAUUCGUUAAAUCUUCGUUGUUUGAUUCGCGUUGUUGCCAAAUUACCUUAUUGAUUGAUUGAUUUUCUAUCUGCCAUAUUGAUUUCAUUUCUCGAAGCAUCGCUUAUGCUCAACACUCCUGUCAUGUGUUAAUUCGCCGGAGAUGGUGUUAUUAGUUAAAGGCUUGAUCCCGCUGGAGCUCAGGCCAUGUCCUCGGAGCACACCCCGACACUGACCGGGACUCACAGCCUCCUCCGCGGCCAGCGGACUCGGUCUUAUGGCAGUCUCGUGUCCUCCUCUUUGUCACCCAUUAAACAAAGACGAAUUGAACACAAAGUUCAGCCCGGUGAGACUUUGCAAGGCCUGUCACUUAAGUAUGGCGUUUCUAUGGAGCAAAUCAAAAGGGUAAACAGACUGUACACAAAUGAUUCAAUAUUCCUGAAGGAGUCUCUCUUCAUCCCUGUGCUGACGGACUCUGUGUCUUUCAGCAUUGGAGUAGAAUUGACUGAGGAGACGACAAGUCCAGCACAAACACGCACAAAGACUUCAGAUGAGACCUAUAAAAGCCAAACAAACUCUCGGCAUGAAGAGAAUGCUGAACUCUCUCCAGUGGAGUACCUGAAAAAGAUAGAUAUUUUGAUCAGUCAGUCAAAACAAGCUGCAGCGAAGACGUGUCAGGAGAGAGAGAAACAGUUCUCUAUGGAGAAAAGCAAUCUGGCAUCCAACAAAGCUUCCUCUCAGCAGGCAGUACUAGGAUCUGUUCCCAUUACCAUCACCAGACAGACCAGGAAUUUGAGGGACCAGGAGGAUGAGAUCUUUCAGCUCUGA